AUGUUUGUACGUGGACUUUUGCUCGUCGCCCUCGUUGCCUCCGCCAACGCCGGAUUCUUCGACGACGUUAAAG